AAUCGAGUCAAGCUCGAGCUGAGUUUCAUACAAAUAAAAAAAAUUAAAAAAAAAGGCUAAAAAGAAUAAUUUAAGCAUUAAAUGAUAAAAAUAGAAAAUAAGAAUGGAAAAUGGGGAGAAACAAAAAAAGGACAGGCAACGGUCAUUAGACAGCAUUGUGAAGGGCAUAUGCGUCCAAAACAAAAAAUAAAUAAAAAAAGCAGAAAAUAUUUGUUGUGAUCAGAAGCUGACCUGGCAGUUGGCGACCGUUUAACAGAGCCAUCUCCACCCCUAUGAUACCAUCCUCUAUUAGCCUAUUUCCCAACACACACAUUUACACACACACACACACACAGAUAUAUGAGAUAUAUAUACACAAGCACGCAUAGAUACAUACAUGCAAAUGCUAAUACAUGGCAUUAAUGUAAUUUCGUGAUAAAAAUCGACCGGCGGCAGCGAAUAUUCGAAACGGAGUUGCUUACUUCGGAAAUCUCUCUUGUUUUCUACAAUGGCGGUCAAUUCCGGCGAAGAGUGCGAGAAUAUCCACAGCAACGUGGUUUUGCACGAUGGAGGAUCCACUAACCUGCAGUACGAGUCCCCCUCAAAUAUCACCUACUUGGCGGUUCCUAAUUUGGUGAAGACCGAGAUGUGCUUAAAUGCGGAACCUAAUUUGCAAAACCAUACCACUCUUGAAGUGGAUAAAGUGAGUAAUUGUGUACCGUGCUUCUUGGAUGUUGAUAUUGAGAAAGGAAAGGCAGAAAUUGCUAUGCCUAACGAAGAAUCUACGGCCAAUUCGAAGUCUGACGAUUCCUUAGCAAGGGUAUUGCAGAGAGAGAUUUGCUUACAAAUAGGAGGAAAAUUUAUGCAGCUCUUGAUGAACCAUGGGACUGAAUUACCCAAGUUCGCUUCACGAGAGAGACUCCAUGAUACGCCUACUAACCGAUCCAGGAAAUACAAGCGAUCUGCCUCCUUCAAUUCCUCGUUCAAUUCAAGAAGAGUAGUUCUCCUCUUCUCAGUCUUGUCUAGCAUGGGAACGAUUAUUCUAAGUUAUCGGACAUUGAGAGUGAGGCAAAUCGGCGAUGGGUCGUCUGGUAAUGUUUGAAAAAAAGUUAUUUCUGCGAUCUUAUUGCUUAUUUCAACGGAGAAUCUCCUUAGGACCAUUAGCUUUUGCUUCUCGGUUUUGCGCUUACUAUGAUUUCCUUGGUUGUCCUUUUCUUUUGUUUGAGUUGCAUAUUUUUUCAUCAGUGUACAUAUUUGAAGACCUGGAACUGCACUUUUAGACGUUCCAUUCGAUACUUUCCCUGUAUAAAAAUUUUUGGUUUAC